ACAACUUAAGCAUAGCAAAUGAGAAGAUAAUACAUUUCCUGAGUCAAUAUGCUGCAGAGGACCAGCGAGGUCUAGAAAAGGGAAAUGAAGAUCUGCUUGGAGUUGUGGUGCAGGAGGACCUGCUGCAAUCAAGAGUUUGCUUACAAAGAAGAGGUUUCAUUUAGCUUCUAAUGGAGACAAAUUAGAGGGAACUUGAUUGAGAGAUUCAGACUUAUGAAAGGUGCUUUAUAGUGAAAGGCAAUCAGCUCCUUCAUUUUGAUCCUGACCCAUAACAUGAAGAACAAUGGGCCACUCAGUGAGACUCAGAGGCAGUGCACUUGGAAAUGGAUAAAAGGAAAUGCAUUUUUUUUUUUAUGGAGCCCGAGUACAACUUGUGGAGUUUUCUGUUGUUGAAAUCAUUGAAGCAAAAAGCUUAUUAGAAAUCAACUGAAAUGGGGGCAGCUGGGUGGCUCAGUGGAUUGAGAGCCAGGCUGGAGAUGGGAGGUCCUGGGUUCAAUUGUGACCUCCAACACUUCCUAGCUGUGUGACCCUGGGCAAGGCACUUAACCCCCAUUGCCUAGCCCUUACCACUCUUCUGCCUUGGAGCCAAUAUCAAUAUCCAUUCCAAGACAGAAGGUGAAGGUUUUAAAAAAAAGAAAUAAAAUGAAAUAUAGCUGUUCUCUUCAAAUAACUGGGAAUCCUGAAUCCAGGCUAUGAGAAAGUGGUGCAUGAUGUGAUUUUGUUUAGGAAUAGGAACUAAGACUGCAACUGGAUCUGUGAUUUCUUUGUUAAGGGGAACUCAAGAUGAAGAAAAGCCCUUCACCAAUGCAGCUGUUGGCACAAUUUUCUCUGCAUCAGGGAAGGAGCAAGACACCCCGGCAGAUGUUGAAAAACAGAACAACCCUGAUCAAAUCCAAGAUUCAGCUGGAGGCCAAAGUCAAAGAGCUUUCUGAGCUGGUGAAGGAAGAAGACAGGCUAAAUUCCAAGCUGAAUGCCAGGAGGAGGGAACUGGAAGAUGAAUGCCCUGAGCUGAAGAAAGAAAUCGAUGACCUGGAAACAACACUGGUGAAGCCAGAUAAAGAAAAGCGCUCUACAAAACAUAAGGCAUUUUCCCCCUCUAAAGAGGGAGGACUGGUGGCCCACAUGCCUGUACUACAGUCCUCUCAAAUCUGGUUUCUGUCACCAGGAUCUUUUUAAUUAGCACAAGAACUGUUUCCCUUAGGUUACAGGAAGGUUGAAACUGGUAUAACAUAUAAAACACAGUGUGCUGAGCCAUCAGAUUUAGAUUUCAAACACAAGCUCAUGUUGAAAUCACAGUUACUCUUCCAAAUAAAUUUUCCCCCAUUUACUUCAAAAUCAUUGUGUACAAAAUCUAAUAGAAAGAUUGAAAUGGA